CUGAUCGUCAGAUAAUAUCCUUCCUGGUGAUGAACAAAUUUUCGAUCGAAAAGACUAAAGAAAAACUGGAACUAAACUAUUCCAUAAAAUCUUUGAUACCGGAGUUCUACAAGUUUCCCGUUUCUCAUACUGAUUUCCUGAAAGAUGUCAAUUGCAACACUUUGGUGUAUCUUCCGAAGCUCAACAAGAAUCUGAACAGGGUUGUCAUUUGGAAACCUGAUAUACCGGAGGAUUUUAACGUGAACACUUUGUUCUCUACUUUGCUGCAGCUUUUGGAGCUGAAGAGUAUCUUGGAUUUCAGCAAUUCCGAUGAGUACAUGUGCGAUAUGAGCAAUUUGUCUUUGUCACUGGUUUCCAAGAUUGGACCGAUGGAUAUUAAGAAAAUGCUCACCAUUUUAGAGAAAGUCUACUCGAAUAGAAUUGCUGCCAUCCAUUACGUGAAUAUACCUUCUUAUGCGAUGACUUUGAUUAACUUGGUUAAAGUCACUUUGAAGCCGAAAAUCCGUGAUAGAAUUGUUUUACACAAGAACAACGAAAGUUUGCUAGAUUAUUACUCCAAGGAUAUUUUGCCUAAAGAUUUGGGUGGUGAUUCUAAAUCGUUGGCUGAGCUUAAAGAGGAUUUUAAGCAACUUUUGUUGGAUAAUCAAGAGUAUUUGAAGAAAGUUCAAUCUGCCAGAGUUAACGAGGUUCUGCGACCGGCCAAACUCUGCAACGACGAUAUUCUUGGUUUCCAUGGCAAUUUCAGGAAACUGCAAGUAGAUUAGAUUUGUAUUUAUAC